GCCUCGGCGGAGUCGCCGAUAAAACCCGGCGCCGGCCGGCCGGCAGCUGUUGGCCGCAUCCAUGCCACCCUGCCGCCAGCCCGCUCCUCUCCUCGCCCAGCCUGCUCCGCUCCCAUCCAGUGCCUAGAAGCCGGGGAUUCGUCCGUCGAUAAACCUGUACUGUACCGGCCGUCUGCCAUGGCUUCGGAGCCGGUGCUCGGGAAGCUCAGCGUCCGCGUCGUCCGAGGCCACAACCUCGUCGUCGCAGACCCACUCACCCACACCAGCGACCCCUACGUCGUCCUCUACUACGGCUCCCAGAAGGUGAAGACUAGCGUUCAGAAGAAAAAUGUCAAUCCUUUAUGGAAUGACGUACUGGUGCUCCCUGUCACAAAUCUUACAAAGCCGGUGAAACUUGAGGUUUUUGAUGCGGACACAUUCACCGCGGAUGACAGCAUGGGAGUGGCUGAGUUCAGCGUAACUGACAUCUACGACGCCGCGAAGCUGGAUCUAAAGCAUGCCUCUGACGGAACCAGGAUCAAGACCAUCUACCCGGUUGGCGCAAACUACCUUGGCGGCGAGAGCCACGUGUCGUGGAAGAAUGGCAAGGUCGUCCAGGACUUGAUUCUGAAGCUGAAGAACGUCGACAGUGGCUCCGUCGUGCUGCAGCUGGAAUGGGUUCACGUCGUCCCUGGUGUUACGCUUUAAGCUGAGCCCGGCCGAAUGUUAUCGCAACCUUGUUUGAUGAAGCUGCAGCUAUGGUUGGUUCCUGUUCCUUGUGUCAGAUGUGGUAGCAAUUUGUGGAUGUUGUGGUUUGACAGUGCAUGUGGUGUGUGUGCGCGUUAUUGACUUCAGCUUGAUGUGUGCACUGUAUUUCUAGUACUGUGGUUGAGGAGUUUGUGCUUGAAGUCGAACAAAUAAGAGACACCGUCUGUGAUCAACUGCACCAAGAGGUGUAUUUUAAAGAUUCAGAGCUUAAAUUGAA